AUGUCAUACCGGAUCUCGACACGACUGCUGCCCCAAGUGGCAGUGACGCCCUUCCGGACCCCCCGACUCGGCGCAAUUCAGACGCGAUGCUUAGCCACCCAGGCGGUGCCACCGGUAACUCAGGAUGCGACGGGGUCCAGGGGGCCUACGGCCAUGGUCUUCCUCAAUAUGGGAGGACCUUCAAAGACAGACGAAGUUGGCGACUUCCUCAGCCGACUAUUUUCUGAUGGAGAUUUGAUCCCCCUAGGAAGGCUACAGUCGUACAUUGGCCCUCUGCUGUCGAAGCGGAGGACGCCCAAGAUCCAGAAGCAAUACUCCGUCAUUGGUGGCGGGUCUCCGAUUCGAAAGUGGUCCGAGUACCAGAACGCCGAGAUGUGUAAGAUCCUGGACGAGAUCUCGCCGGAGACAGCACCGCACAAGCCGUACGUGGCCUUCCGCUACGCCAACCCGUUGACUGGGGACGUGUACCGGCAGAUGCUGGCGGACGGGUUCGGAAACGGCAAGGGCGGGCGGGCCGUGGCCUUCACGCAGUACCCGCAGUACUCCCACUCGACGACGGGCAGCAGCCUGAACGAGCUGUGGAGGUGGCGCCACCGUCUGGAGGGCAGGACGACGACGACGACGGGCAACAACAAUAACGGCAACGUUAGCAUUGGUAGCGGCAAUGGCGAGGACGAGGGCGCCAUCAAAUGGAGCGUGAUCGACCGGUGGCCGGCGCACAGCGGCCUCGUCGAGGCGUUUGCGCAGAACAUUGAGGCCAAGCUGGCCGAGUACCCCGAGGAGCGCCGGCGACACGUGGUGCUGCUCUUCUCGGCCCACAGCCUUCCCAUGUCCGUGGUGAACAAGGGCGACGCCUACCCGGGCGAGGUGGCGGCCACCGUCUACGCCGUCAUGAGCCGCCUGGGCUUCUCCAACCCCUACAAGAUCUGCUGGCAGUCCCGGGUCGGCCCCUCGGCCUGGCUGGGUCCCCAGACGGCCGACACGGUCGAGCAGUACAUCGCCAAGGGCCAGACAGACCUGAUCCUCGUACCCAUCGCCUUCACGUCGGACCACAUCGAGACGCUGUACGAGCUCGACAUCGAGGUCAUCGGCGAGUCCGGCCACAGCAACACAAUCAAGAGGGCUGACAGCCUCAACGGGAGCCCCGUCUUCAUCAGGGCCCUUGCUGACAUCGCAAAGGGGCACCUCCAGAGCGUCCAGUCCUCUGUUGCCUAG